AUCUCGCAGAGCUCUUUAUGUGUAACACGGCUAUUUCACGGUGGCUUUAUACAGUUCUGUAUAAUCUCGCAGAAUUCUUCCUUUGUUAUUCAAGACAAAUUCGAUUCUCUUGUCAACAAUUCGAAUCUAAUCGAGGUCAUCGAGGUUUCUGUCAACAACUCUUCUUUCUUUUAGUGUGGUGAUGUCGCUAGCUGGUGCAACUCAACCAGCAAAAGCUACCGUAAUAAAGCCUUGGAAAUGGCAGUCCGUGCUCUGUUCCUUUUUGUCCUUCUCUUCUGUCUGUGUGUCUACUGUCAAUCAAAGCAAUGUGUUCGUUUUCAAGACAGUCCUSUAGUGGGMUGUGCUGCUGCAGGUUACAACUAUACAUACCCUUUGCCAGACGAUUUGUCUUCAAAGACAGUACUCUUUAUUAAUAGAUUCGUGAGCUACAUCACUAAAAACGCAGCUAAAAACUGCUCCGUGGCACAAAUGGCAGAGAGUAUUGUGUGUAUGUCSUAUGCACCAAAGUGUGUGGAUGUCAACAAGGACCCUAUCUUACCCUGCAGAAGAGUGUGUUCUGAGCUGAUGAAGAGAUGUUAUACAUCAAUGAGUCCUUGGUUAKCAGAUUGGAUGUUACGACAGUGUCUUGUUCUACCGAAUGAUACAGCAGCAUCAGGAAAGUGUUAUGAACCKAAAGGUUUUGAUAAAUACUACAACGCUUCAACUUCAGGACCUUUGGAGAGGGGAUGCCAAAAACUCGUCAGCUUUCCAUUCUGUGAGAACAUGGGCUACAAUCACACCAUGAUGAGCGAGAAAAUGCAAACUAUGGCUUACAAGUUUUUUUAUCGUAAAAAUAUUACCGACCCAAACCCCAACACGCCAGCUCCUGGGUCAAUACUUGCCAAGGUCAUGUCGACAAUGAAAGGCUCACCAAAAUGUGCCAACGAAGUCAAAAAACUGAUGUGCAGUGUGGUCAUCCCGCCAUGUUUUCCCGAUGAGGGACCAAAAUACUACACGGUGUGCAAACCAGUGUGCAAGUCAAUAGGUGAAAACUGCCCUGAGGUAUUGACGGGAAGAGGUAGUUAUUACUAUGGAGAAUGUGAAAGAAUGGCUCCWGGAAUGACUUCUCAUGGCUUUUGCAAGCAUAGUAAAUUACCUCCGAUCAUUGACUGGGGAAAAUACUGGCCAGAGAGGACAAAGCCAACAACCAAGACUCCAUCCAAGGGACUAAGUACUACUGCCAUCAUCAUCAUAUCCGUUGUGAUACCAUCGGUUGUCAUCAUCAUCAUCAUCGCUGCUGCUGUCAUCAUUUUCAAGAAAAGAAAACUAACCAAAAUGUUUGACUACCAGAAACACGAUGAGUAGAAUGCAGGAAAUACUCGCUGAAAACACCCUACUGAGGUACAUGUACUUUUGAAGAAAAAGAUUGAGACGAAAAGUCCACUUCCAUCAUCUGAUUCGAAACAUCUUGUGAGACGAUAAUUUCAUGAAUUAUCCCUAUAGAAUGAUUUCAAUUUAUAGUUUAAAUUUCAAACUACUUCACGUGAAAAGAACACAGGGGAACCUGUCACACUAUGAUUGGACGGUCAUUAUCAGAAGCCGUCAAAUAGACGAAACGCAACUAUUUUCAAAAACUAUCAUCUGGGCUCGUUUGUACGAAGAGUGAGUGGUACUUCAUAAGUGGAUAACUUUAUUUGACCUUCGUACGUUUGUUCAACCGUUCCCUGAAAUGACUAACAUUCUAUACUAUGGGGCUGAAUAUAGCCAAAAAUAAAUGAGCUAAUGAGAGGCUU